AUGCGCAAACCCGUCGAAAGUUUUAGGAAAGCUUUAAUUCGCAUGACAUGGUCCAAAAAAAAUCUUUAUUUCCUCCACAGUCGAGGCUCCCGUCCACCACGUAUACAAAAUCGUUCGCUCUUUCAACAGAAAUGGCAAGCAAAAAAAGAUACCAGAGCUUACCAUGGCUCUCAAUUGAACGAAAAACAGUUUCGUCGUCUCUUUAACCCUCGUUUACCUACUACCAAUAUUAAAUUAAGUGAAGAUACCGCAAGUGGAAGUAAACAACCGCAUACUUCAGUUUUAACUUACGCGUCUUUGGAAAGGAGAUUGGACUUUAUUGUGUUCAGAAGUUGUUUCGCCCCGAGUAUUUGGGCCGCGAGGCAAUUGGUUAUUCACGGAAAAGUUACCGUCAAUGGAAAAAAGGUAUCCGCACCAUCAUAUUUGGCAUCCGAUGGUGAUCUCAUUACCGUGAAUCCGUCUUCUGUCUGCCUUCUUUCAGAACCCUCGACUGAAAACGGUCUCACGUUUAAACCAAAACCUUACAUGCAACCUUUCUUAUUCAUCCCCGAAUAUCUGGAAGUAAGCUUUAACACUUGUUCCGUCAUAUUCCUGCGGAGUCCUGUUUCCAGACCAGGACGUACUGAGAUUCCGUCGCCAUUUCCACCGGAAUUUCAUACGUUGGCUCAUGAGUUUUAUUCAGAAAGGA